AUGGGUCGACGAAAGCAAGCGAAACCUAUCAAAAGGACCCCAGAAGAGUAUGAAAUCGCUGAAAUGGAGCCGUCUGCGAAGAUGGCCAAGGAGACUUCGGCCACACAACAUUCCGCAGCUAUUACUGUAACUGUUCCCACACAAGAUGAUGCCGAGUUAUCGCCUUCGUGUUCCAAAGAUCCGGCAUCGACCGAUCCGACUUGGAACGCUGAAUCAAUAGCAGUAUCUGCUAAAAAGCCUUCCACGAAUCCUCUGCUGAUGCUGGAAAAAUCACUGAAGCGCUUCGAACCACGAAAAUCGCAGCCAGAUGCUGCAACGCUAAUCUUCGUGAAGACCCACCACCACACACCACCAUCUCGUCAGAUCAGAAGACCUCGGAACCAAGCCCCUGGCCGUAGCGAGGAUACGCGAUUGACGACAGGCCCCGCCCUAUCGCAGCAGUCGCAUCGUAGCGCACGACACGCGGCAGCGAAGCUUUAUAAUCCUGCGCCCAUCGAAAAGCGCAGUGAGCGACUAACUCCGGCAUUCGCAACAAUUCAUGGACCCGGACCACAAAUCCCGCGCAUGUCCACCAACCAGGGUUCUGGGUCAACGCAUCCCAGUGGCCAUUCUACUAAUCAAGGAAGCUCGUAUGGGCAACAGUGA